GUACACAAGGAAUGAUUUUUAAUGUCGGCUGGAAACUUCUCGUGUUAAGCAAAAAUUUAAACGUGCAUAUACGCAAAUUGCUUCUUGUUUAUGUAAAAUAGAUCUAGAUUCUAGAUUAGUCAUUCACGACUUCUACAAUCAUGGCAAAAGAAAUGUCUUUAAAAGAAAAAGAUGAGUUUGAAACGUGGGAGGAUUUUUUCAGAGCGGUGGAAAAAUAUUCUGAGGAAACCUACCAACCCAUGGUUAAAAGCUCAGCGAAGCUCUGCUCCUCAAUGAACAAGGGAUUGAAGGAUAGAAAAUUCAAACCUUACCCUCUUCAUAUGAAAUACAGUUAUUUUUGUUACAAGUGCAGUCAUGGUGGGAGCUAUAAGAGUCAUGGUCAAGGGAAAAGGCAUUACGUAUCACAGAAGAUGGACUGCCCUGCAAAAAUAUAUGCCUGUCUGACCAAGGAUAGAAAAAGAAUUUAUGUUAAACAUUUGGUACCCCUUCAUAACCAUGAAAUAAGCAAAGACUGGAAAGAGAAAUGGAGGGUGAAACGCAAUGCCUACAUGAAGAAGAAAAGAGAACUUCACAUGCAGCACAUGAACUGCCACUGUAAUGAGGACUCAGAUGAGGCAACCCCAGGGAGUUCAGUGACUGUAACAGAAGGGACAGAACUGGCUUGCAUCAAACAAGAGCCAGUUACCUCAGACACAGAGGAGAUGCCACCAGCUGAUACGGCUGAAGCUAACAAGGAUGGUGCUGGGGCUAAGAGCUCGAGUGAUAUUCUACAUCUAAGAGACGAGUUUGCCACAUGGGAGCUGUUUUUCGGUGCCGUGAAUGAUUACAUCAGUGCUAGCCGUCAGCAGAUGGUGAAGAACUCCUGCAAGACAACCGUCACAGCUAACACUGUUUUGAAGGAGGGUGGCACCCCUUACCCAACCAGUUUCAAAUAUGUUUUCUACUCAUUCCGCUGUCAGCUUGGUGAGAAGUUUAAAACUCAUGACAAGGGGGAGAAUCAGUCUGAGAGGCUGGGCUGCCCCGCCCGGAUUUACGCAUGUCUAAACAAGGCCAGGGACAAAAUAGUGAUCAAACAGCUGGACCUUGCUCACAACCACGAAUGUGAAGACUGGCUGGAGAAAUGUAAUAGACAUAGAAAUGCCUACUACAAGAAGAAGAGGGAUCUACAGAAAUGUGCAUGUCAUAAAACUGUACCAGAUGUCACAGCCACUGAUAUGUUUGAGAAUCUGGCUCAAGAAUAUAUAGAGAAAAAUUUGCCCAGUGUAAUUGUACAAAAUCAUCAUGACUACUGCAAGCCUGAGCCAGCGAGUCCACCUGCGGAGGAUAAUGAUCAGGACUUGGAUCAGCACAAGCUUGUGAUAGUGGAACCUACUUUUGAAGAAAUCACACGUACUGGUGUGGUUAACGAGGCCAAGCUCGUUAACCUAAUGCCUUGUCCGAUCAGGAUCCCACAGGUGGACGAUGAGAGCAACGUCUGCGUCAACAGUGAGAGCAUACAUCUAACAAAUCUAGAGCUGAUGAAAGCCACCAGCUUGGGAAAGAAGAAGCAGCCCAGCAAACCUGAGAAAGAGAAACGCACAAGCCAGGCAGGUGAGGAGAAGCAGACGCAGCCGGAAAGAAAGCAGAGAGCUGGGGUAAAGAGGAAACUUUCCAGCCCAGAGAAGGGUAACUCCACACACGAGGAUAAACCCGCUAGCUCGGAAGCGAAGAAACUUAAAAGUACAGACAAAAAGAAGCCCAGUAGUGAGCCCAGCUCAGGAAAGAAACAAACUUCCAGCGAUAAAAAGCAAAACGCCUCUGAUGACAAAAAAUCCAAAGCCGAUGAAGAUAACAAAGAAAUAGCCGCAGAUAGUAAAAGUUCUGAUACCACAGAGCAUCAGAAGGAAGCAGGCGCAGAUAACCAAACACCACCCAGUGCAGAAAGCUCUAAACCCAAAUCAACCAUCACUUUAUUUGACCUGUUUUCACUGACUGACAACCAAAUGGAAACCCAGAAGAAGACCAAAGCAGCAGACGUGUUAAAAAACACAAACACCUACAACGUUAAAUUUAAAAGUAACGACAGCUCGAAACCUAAAAGCCCUGUCAAAAUCCUACCUAAAAUUACAGACAGUAUUCAACCCCCCAGCGCAGAUAAAAAGUCUAAAACUCCAGACAGUAGUAAAUCUCCCAAAGCAGAUAAAGCCCAGUCUAAAGUACCGGGUGCUAAACAGCCAUCUACUGCUGAAGUUGACAAAUCUACAAGCCAAGAUCCCCCAAGCAGUGAACUGCGUGCUGCAUCAGCCUUCACGUUAAACAAAUUAGUCGCUAUGAUCGGGAAAAAACGACCAAACUACAACAGCAACCUCAUCAAUGCUGAAAAGAUUGUGCACCCACCUCGAACAAAUAUUACAACAGGUAACGUUAACUCAAAACCGUUAAACACGGUUAAUGGGCUACCUGUUGUAACAUUAAACGAUUUAUUUGAAAUGUUUGGGAACAAAAACAGCCCAAGCAAAGGCAAAACAGCUGGUAAUAAAGCGCAGCCGGGGUCAACAACGGCUGCUGAUCCAAGGCCAAUCAUCACAUUAAACGAUUUGUUUGAAGUGUUCGGGACUAAGAAAAAACCAAACGCAGGCCAAACAAAGUCCACAGCUUCUGUAGCGCAAUCAGCAACAUCUGCUAAGGGUACUCACAGUAAACAAGUUGUCACGUCAAGUAAGCAGCCUACAGCAUUGACUGUUGCUCUAUCUUCCAAUCAAGAUAUCCCUACACCAAGUAAGCAGCCAACAAAGUCUACAGUUGCCCCAUCCACCAAUCAAGAUAUCCCUACAUCAAGUAAGCAGCCAACAAAGUCUACUGUUGCUCCAUCCACCAAUCCUGAUAUUCCUACACCAAAUAAGCAGGCUCCUGCCUUGACUGUUGCCAAAAAAGAUGUUACAAUACCUCACAAGCAGGCUUCAGGGUCAACAAAACAAGAUACUCCUACAUCGAGUAAGCCGGGCCCAGCAUUGACUGUUACCUUAACUGACCAAAAACUUGUUGCCAUAUCUAACCAACCGGCCUCAGCAUUGACUGUUAUUGCAUCUAAUCAAGAUGUUACAACACCUAACAAGCCGGCUCCAGCAUUAACUAGUGUAACAUCAGCCAACACAGAUGAUACAAAGCCUAUCAUCAUAUCCUCAACAUCAGGUGCCGACACAACAGCGAACAAAACUGUGCUGAACCCCAGCAAGCAAUAUUCCCUCCUGGCUGAGAAACUUCAACCCAGUAAAGCUGCGGCUGAGCCGUUCAGUCAGUUGUUGAGAGCAGCAGCCUUCAACACACCAGGCAACAGUAAACCUGCAUCUUCAACACCACCUGCCACAUCAUCUGUGGAACAACCCUCAACAUCAGCCAAUCAUACACUUGACGACGAAAACAUGUUUUCCGAUGCAUCUGACAAUGAUGAAAAACCUGACACAUUUGAAGAACCUGACACAUUCGAAGAACCUGACACAUUGGAAGAACCUGAAACAGUUGAAGAACCUGACACAGUCAAUCAUGGACCUAUUAAACUAUCAGCAGUGAAUGUUAACGAUGCCAGCACUGACGUCAAAAAAUUCAUACAAACUUUAACAUCCUCAAACGACCCGUACACCAGGAGACCAAUCAGCACGGUGAUUGUGGUCCCGAUCAAUAAAAACUUUGGCGGGGCAGGCGCCGCCAAUUUAAGAAAAGCACAGAAUCACGCCGCCCCGCAGAAUCCACCCGCGCCCAACAGAGGCAACAAAGGCCCUGGCACCUCUGACGUGUUUGCCGCUCUCAGUCAAGAACUGGAUCCGGACGCGGAGGGGGGUUUGAACAUGGAGAUGGAUGCAAGUACCUGCAUGUUCACAUUCCUGGCCAAGAAGUUCUACACCUUCUCGCAGCCCACCCAGAAGUGGAUGGAGGAUGAGUGCUUGAAGUUGUACGUGGAAGCCAAGAGGAGGGACACGUUUAUCAUGGCGAAGAACCAGCUGCUUCAGGCCAACCAGCCGAUUGCACCGGCUACUAACCCUGGUUUGCGAAAGUGACAAUUUUGUAUUUAUGUAAAUCUGUAUGCUGACUCCGGCAUAGAAAUUAGAACUGUUGUAUUGUUUAUGUUGCCUUGUACAUAAUAUGUUUUUGAAGUAAAACAUGAUUUAAAAUGAUGU